CCAAAUACUAGGGACAGUUCGGAAGUGACGUUUAAGUGAACGCACACGUGUGGAGGACAGCAUGUUUUCGCACCACAUGUGUGUGUUUAUGUGACUUUAUAAACCCUCACCGGAACCGAUCUAAAACACGAGCAGCGGGUCAUGACGGGUGAACAGGAGCGGUAUCCGCCGCCGGUCUUCAGCGGAGCAGCAGAAGCUUCACUGGCGGUUCACUGGAGCAGCUCCACGCCGCAGCACAGUAAGUUCGAGGCGUCCAGAGACUGGAGCUGGACCAACCCUGGAGCUCGAGCCCCGGCCAGCGCCACCAUCAGCAGCCGCUGUAUCACGGGCAGCAGCAGUACGCAGGUACGUCAUCAUCAUCAUCAUCAUCAUCAUCGUAAUGUCUGGCGGGGUUCAGGGCAGCACCAGUGGGGUAAAAAGAAGCAGCAGAAGGAGCCUGAGUUCAGCCAUUUCUGUGACACGUGUGACCGAGGCUUCAAAACUCAAGACAAAUACGAUGAACACAUCUCGCAGCACAUGAAGUGUUCUGUUGAAGACUGUCGUUUCACUGCACAUGAGAAGCUGGUGAAGAUCCACUGGAGAAACAAUCACGGUCCAGGAGCCAAGAAGAUCAAACUGGACACGGCAGAGGACGUCGCCAAAUGGAGAGAAGAGAGACGCAAAAACUAUCCGACGCUGAGGAACGUGGAGAAGAAGCUGAAGCUGGUGGAGGUGAAGGAGCAGCGAGGAGACGUGCUGGAGACGCCGCAGUUCGGGCGCAUCAAGAGCCACAGCAGGGGCCGCGGCGGAGCUCAUCAGCUGACCUCACUGAAGCGGCCGCAUCAGGACCGAGACCCGCUCGCAGCGCUGGCCGACAGUGAGCCCGAGUCUGAUAAGGACGAAUCUGUUGAGCAGACGCAGCCUGGACUCACCGUCGCCCCCAAGUGCGUGACCUCUGCCCUCGGGUCACUGAUGUCCAGCUAUGGGGACCAAAUGACCAGCAGUGAGAGCGAAGGAGACACAGACGACGCUGCUGUGUUGAAGGUGAGUCUGGCUUUAGAGGAGAAUAAGACGUUACUGGACGCUCAUGCGCUUCCUGUCCAGAGGAGCACAGCACUGCAGGAGGAAAAACACACAGACAGACCACAGCAAUCCCAUCAUGCCCCGGCCGGCAGAGGAAGAGGGAGAGGACGAGGAAGAGGAAGAGGAAGAGGAGGAGGUCGAGGCGGUCACAGUAAACCUGCUGAACCACAGCAACAUCGACCGACACUACUAGAGAUGCUGCUGGCUCCUGACAUCCGUCACGAGAGGAACGUCGUUCUGCAGUGCGUCCGCUACAUCGUCCGUAACGGAUUCUUCGGUCUGGCUGGUAAAGACUGUCAGGAAAUCGACGUGUCUGUGAACACAAACAAUGGUGACGCGUCAGAUGAAGGCGUCACUAGAGAUGAAGGACGGCGCUCGGAUCCUCAGACGGACGCUGAGAAGCGCUCAGAAACCGCGUGUGACGUCACAUGUGUGAACGAGAGUCCAGCCGGAGCCAGUGUGUUCCGGCAGCUGUUCGCUCAGGGUUUGGUGUGUGACGAUCCAGAGCAAACAUGAACCGGGCUAAACAAUCAGUGUAUGAUGCAUCAUCACCUCCACAGAUGAAGGAUCAGAACACGCUGAACUCAUCAGGUCAUGGAGUGAACACAUGACUGAUGGUGGAAGUCACUGACGUGCUUGAAGCACCUGAUGAACGAUUCAUGGUGCUGCAGGAACUAAAGACAGUCAACGCAAAGACAAUCAAAGAUGAUUCCUAUCGAAGCUCAUUUCUGCCACACAAUAAAAAAUGAAAAGGGUAAUUACGACUUUUUAUCUCACAAUUCAGAGUUUCUUGCAAUCACAAGUUUUUAUCUUACAGCUCACAAUUCUGAGAAAAAUUAGCGAGGUACUUUUUUCGCUCAGUUGCAAGUUUAUGUGUCCCAGAAUUACCUUUUUUCAGAAUUAUGGUAUGUAAAUUUGGAAUUGCAAGUAAUAAAGUGAAGUGCAAAUUAUGAAUUUUGAGAUAAAAACUCUGAAUUGUGAGAUAUAAACUUGUAAUUGCAAGAUACAAACUUUAUCUCACCAUUUGGGCUUUUUCUCGCAAUUGUGAUUUUUUUUAUUUUUUUUUUUUAUUUUUUUUUUCUUCCCAGAAUUGAUAUAUAAACUCAAAAUUGUGAGUUAUAAAGUCAGAAGUGCGAGAUAUAAACUUUUUAUCCCACAAUUGACUUUUUGUUGCAAUCACGAGUUUUUAUCUCACAUUUUGGACUUUUUAUCUGAGAAAAAGUCAGAAUUGCAUAAAUUAUGUAAAAAAACAAACAAAAAAAACCCCUUUUUUCCUCGCAAUUGCUUGAAUUUAUUUUCCGCAAUUCUGACUUUUUUCAGAAUUAUAAGAAAUAAACUCUGAAUUGCGAGUUAUAAAGUCUAAAUUGUGAGAUAUAAACUCAGGCUGAAUUGUGAAAUGAUAAAAAUGAUGGAAUCGCAAAAAUUGCAAUUGUGGAAAAAAAACAUUCCAAACUCGCAAUUCUGAUUUUUUUUUUUCCAGAAUUGACAUAUAAACUCAAAAUUGCGAGAUAUAAACUUGGAAUUGCAAGAUACAAACUGAAUCCCACAAUUCUGACUUUUUGUCGCAAUCAUGAGUUUUGGACUGGAGUUUAUAGCUCACAAUUGUGAAAUAUAAACUCGAAGUUACGAGUUAUAAAGUCUACAUUGUAAGAGAUAAACUCGACUGCAAGGAAAAAGUCUGAAUUGUGAGAUGAACGCAAUUUUUUUUUUUCUAGCAAUUGUGAGUUUAUUUCUCGCAAGUAUGAAUUGUGACAAACUCGGAAUUGUGACUUUUUUCAGAAUUGUGAGAUAAAAAGUUGCAACUGUGAAAAAGUUGCAAUUACCUUUUUUUUUAUUUUUUUUAUUCUGUAUCUGAAACAAGCUUCCAUAGAUUUGUUUUUCACUUUUUUUAUUUUUAUUUACUAAUCAUGUUUGUUCUUGCAAAAGAAGACGACAAUACAAAUGAAUUUAUAUUAGAAAUGAGUGUGAUCUGUGAUGUUUCUGCACUGAAGCUCACAGAUGUUGUUGUCAGCAGGCCAAUAAAGGAUCUGAUUGGA